UUGACAGGCAGCAGCGAAACAACAACUUGGAAGUUGAAAAACUUUCCUUAACUAACUAAUUUAAAGACUAUAGAAAAGUUACCAAAAGUAGGCCCACAGUUAUUUUCUCCCAUUUUAAAGUGUAUAUUGUUAGGGGUUCAAAUGUGGAAUUAUUGAUGGAUUCGAGGUAUGAAAUCAAGCGGAUGGCCGGUGGCGGGGGAUCAGCGAAUGCUUCCCCCGCUCUGGGGUCACAGUCUCGCCGCAGGAAGAUGCCGCCGAGGCCCGCUGAUUACAAACUUCAAAUUAUCAUUAUUGGCUCCCGUGGCGUGGGAAAAACCAGUCUAAUGGAAAGAUUUACAGACGACACCUUCUAUGAAGCAUGCAAAUCAACUGUUGGAGUAGAUUUUAAGAUCAAGACGGUGGAGCUGAGAGGGAAGAAGAUCAGGUUGCAAAUCUGGGAUACAGCUGGUCAGGAGAGGUUCAACAGCAUAACCUCAGCCUACUACCGUGGGGCCAAGGGAAUAGUACUGGUCUAUGACAUCACAAAGCAGGAAACGUUUGACGACCUGCCCAAGUGGAUGAAGAUGAUCGACAAGUAUGCUUCAGAGGAGGCAGAGCUGCUGCUAGUGGGGAACAAGCUGGACUGUGAGACAGACCGCAUCGUGACUAAACAGACUGCGGAGAGGUUUGUCUCAAGGAUAUCUGGGUUGCGUUUCUGCGAGGCCAGUGCCAAGGAUAACUUUAACGUGGAGGAGUGCUUUCUAAAACUAGUGGACGACAUUCUAGCCAAGAUGCCUCUGGAGAUUCCCAGUAGGGAGCUUUCCAACAGUAUCCUGUCUCUGCAGCCUGAACCAGACGUUCCUCCUGAGCUCAACCCGCCACGCAUGCGCUGUUGCUGAGACCCCCCUACCACCUCCACCAUCCUCCCUCCACCAUCCUCCCUCCACCCUGCUGAGACCCCCUACCACCUCCACCAUCCUCCCUCCACCCUGCUG